GUCCACCAGGAGAGCCAGCGUCUGACCCAGCUGCCUCCAGAGAGCGAGGCCAUGACCGCGGACGCUCCCAUGAGAGGAAACACCACCACUCCUCGACAGACAAGCAGCGCUACUACUCCUGCGAUCGCUACUGCAGUCGGGAACACUGCCACAACAAAUCUGCCACCGCCAGCUGUGCUGCCUCCCCUGGUGAGGGACAGGAAACCACCAACAAGCAGGGCAGUGGUUGGGUUAAAGGCAGCCCAGUGACAUUGAGCUCCAGUUCCAGCACGCCAAGUCGCGGACGUCGGCAGCUCCCCCAGACCCCGCUUGCCCUGCAGCCUGGGGUGGCCUUUAAGACUGCCAAUUCAUCACCCGUGCACUUUGUGUCCAGUCAGGCGUCUCUGAGUCCCGGCCAGCUGAGCCGUGGCUUGUCAGAGCACAACUCCGUCCAGCGCAGCAGCUCCCGCCACUUUCCCUCUCCUGUCACUCGUAUUAGCUCAGAACCUUUCCUGGGCCAGGGCCAGGGCCACGGUGAGGACCUGGGCAGCCUGUAUGGCAGCCUCCGAGACCAGCUGGAUGUCUUCCAGGAUGCGGUGUCACUGUCCAGCCCCCGUGCCGGACAUUCAUCUCGGACCACACUGCCUCGCAUUAUGGGAGCCCUGUCUCCUGCUCCACAGAACCUUGGGGUCCCCAACGGGUACCACUUCAGCUUCGGGGGCAGGACCAGCCCAGGCUCUGGCUUCAGGGCAUCCAGGUAUUACCAGGAGGCAGAGGCAGAUGAAUGGUGCUAGCAUGGCUUUAAAAUAACCUUUAGAAUGCAUAUUUGAGGAAUUGUGAUGAGUUUUAUCAUCUUCUUUGAAGGAUUUAGUUUACAUUGUCAUUGUGUGUGUUUUAUGCUGUAUUUUAAUUCUAACUCGGAGAGCAACGCUUAGGGAGAACAGAGAGAAAGCUGGAAGUGGGUUAUUUGAAUGUGUCGUCUUUAUCAAAGGACAUGUAGCAUUAUGAAACAAUAGAGUAGGCCAAUAUGAGGUGUCUUGCAGUAGCUGUUCUUGAUUUUGCUUUGACUUCUGUGUUUUAUUGACACCACUAUAUUGACACUCAAACAGCUUUACAUGAUGAACACUAUAGACUAGACUAUACAAGAAGAUUAUAUCUCUUGACCACCAGACCUGCUGUGUCAUUCAUAACUCCAGUCUGUAUUUCAGGGAAACCAUUCAAGUAAACAGAAGUGCUGAUUUAUUUUGCUGUUUCACUUCAGGGUGAUUUGUUUCUAAUUACUGAGCAUUAAAUCUUUAUUCACUUUAAUGCAAAAAAAAUGAGGGUCAUGCAUUGCGCAUGCUGCUUUGCUCCAAACAGGAUUCUUCAACAGGAGCAGGGGGUCUAUGCAGCUAACUGUUUGGCUUAAUUUUGCUAAAAGCAAUUUGCAAAAAGCUGCAUUAAUUGUUUUUAUUCUGCCAAUUGGGGCAGGACAAAUAGCUAUAAACAUAACAUUGACAUAUCUUAUAACAUUGAUAAGGCUACCAUGUAAGCAAACAGUAGCCUAAUUACACAUACAGCAGACACAAAGCAACAAUAUCACUAACUUUGAGUUUCUGACUACCUGAGAAUGUAAGUCCAGUAGUGGCUCUCCUUGUAGCUCUGGUUUGAUCUCCACCAACAUCUGGCUCUUUAGCUGCUAAAUGUCCACCUUCUAGUCUCUGUGUCUGUCUGCUGGUGUACUAAGCAGGUAGUGUACAGUGGGUUUAUCAGAGCUUUUUCACUGCAGCUGCCUGCUGCUGCUGGAAACAAGGUUGAUGAGAGUGGUGGGACUGAAUCACAUGAAUAAAGUUUGUGUCAAACCAAAACAAUGACCUGAGAGAAGCUAAAGCUCCUGUGGUUAAAGGCAACCGCAGAGUUGGUGAUAAUUCUCUGUGCGUUUGUCACACAUUUCACAUUACACGUACAUAUUUUGUCCAUUGUAAAUAAGUGCAGCUUUAAUAUUAGAUUCUAAGUACCGGCAUUUGCUAGUUUUGUAACCUAUCAUCAUGCAAAGAUGUACGUGCUACAGUGUGAACAUUGCUUACUGUAGUCAGAUCACUGCAGAGACCCAAACAGCAGUUUUAGGCUUCACUCUGUGCAGCACAUACACAAGAAUGGAAGAGGUGCAUGCAAAAGCACAAUAAUAUGAAUAUGGCUAAAGACAAUACCACAUUCAAAAUGAGUUGUGCUUUCUUUAUCAGCAACAUUUUACCUUUUUCCACAUUAUUACAGCCAACUGCACAACACACUGUAUAACAAUCCAUUGCGUUUUUUAAAGAUGUAAGUUAUUUAUUGAUUCUAGUAGCAGCUGAAGGUUUGAAGUGUGUUUGAGAGUCAGUAUAGCAUGGAAACAGGACGGAAGGCAGAUCAAUAGUGAAAUGGUCGUUUAAAAUGACACUGACAUUAUGACACUGUACUGCUGUGUUGUUCUUGUUUAGUUAGGACAUUCCAUGAUUAUGUCUAAUCCUUUAUGACAUUCCCUUUGUGUCAAUCGAACAGAUGACGUACUGUCACAGCGAUGGUUGUUUUGUCUGUUAAACAUUUCUUGAAAACUUCAAGAGAGAAGUACAGUAGUAAAAAGUACAUGACUGAUUUGUUUUAUAUAAAAUGUCCUUAUAGAUGUCCUCUUUUCAUUAUAUGCAUUUUUUGUAAGGUGUGUUUUUUGUGAACUGCUUACAGUUUGCCAUGGUUUCAGGUCUAAUGUUUCUUACUUGAGUUCUUUGCUAUGUUUUAAAACAAAGUGCCUAUCCUUUUUAGAUAUACUGUAGAAAAAGAUGCAAUGUCAACUGUUUUCUAAUGCAUCCACACUUGAGUAGAUGUUUGGUUCAUUCUGUAUGUAGCUCUGCAGGAAAACAUGAUGUACAGAAAGCCUUAUCUGCAAGCAGAGAAACAAUACCUACGCUUAAAAGACAGGAAUGGAAGAAUGAACUUCUGAAAGUCAGUUAUUUUUCUUGUUUUUGAUAAACAGAGUCAUGUAUGGUUGGAGGAGCAAGAAUCAACAUUGUAGAAAUGCAAUGUGGGCAUUUAACAACUAUGAACUGCAUAAUUAUAUCAAUCCAGUUACAUUAAUGCAUGUAACAUAUUGUGCAUGUUUAGAUGGUAGGGCUGGUAUAGCAGAGCUAUCUGCUAUGACCACCUUGUGGAGAUUCUUUUUUUUGUAUUUAUUGGUAAGGAUGUAACAGUGUACGUUUUGUAAGCUCCUGUAAUGUUUGGACUUCUACGUGUAUGUUGGUCAGCUGGAGUCUGAAGGGGUGGGAGCGUGUAUGAACUGUUGUGGUUAUAUGUUGCAUCACUGGGUUUUUUCACACUCUCAAUCAAUCUUCACGAGCAAAAACUGAUGUAAUGUCAUGCCAAGAUAUUUCCAGCAGCUACUGUACCAUGGAGAUUGAAAGCUGGAAAUGUUACAGCGCUCUAAUUUACUCAUUAAACAUCAGGCUUUGGUGUCAGAAUGGAAAAGGUCUUUUUCAAGAGCUGCUAGUUUGCACUGGUGUUCACACAGGCAAGCAACUGAUUGUAAAAGAGGCAAAGUGACUUACUUCUCCACCCACAUUAAAAGAAAAGAAACC